AUGUUACCCUUCAUAUCAAGCUUAAUUAGAAAAAAGGAAUUUUAAGAUUUUGCUGGAGUAUGUAGAGGUAUCUACAGAGUAAUUGAUGGAGUCAAUUAACCUUAAUUAAUUAAAGAUAAUCUAAUAGAUCAAUUCAAAUAAGAGAAAUAAAUCUCUACAUUAAAUGUAUAAAGAGAAACACUCAAAAAGGUAGAUUAACAAUAAUAGUAAUCUAUUCAAUAGCAAAACAAUAAAUUAGAUCAAUAAAAUAAAGAUCAAAAUUAAAGGAAAAGUAUAGAGUAAGAUCAAUAAAGCAAUGAUUAGUAAUCUUAAAUUCCUUCUCCAUCUCCUAUUAAUAAAUAAUUUACUGAAAAUAAAGUGCCUUAAACAGCAAUUGGAAGGGUAUAUGAAUUUGGAUCUUUAGGAGUUAGUUUGGCAACUAAUGCAAUGAAAACUAUGGUCACUCAAAAAAAUGUAUAUAUCUUUAAUUGAGAAUUAUAGAUUUCUUUUAGAUAAGCAUUAGUAAGUGAAGAAAAUGCUUCAAUUCUAGCCAAAGGUCUUUGCAAAAUGAGAGGAGCCCCUUUGAAACUUGCUUAAGCAUUAAGUAUUUAAGAGGAUGAAGUCAUACCAAAACAUAUUCGAUAAGCGUUUGAAUAAGCUAGAUAAAAUGCUGAUAUAAUGCCGUAAAAGUAAUUAGAGAAAGUACAAGAAAUAUUGUUAAAGAAUAGAUGCUCAAAUAAGAGUUAGGUAGUGAUUGGAUGAGUAAAUUCAAAGAAUUCGAACUCAAACCCUUUGCUGCUGCUUCAAUUGGAUAAGUUCAUGAAGCUAUUACAACAUAAGGAAAACGUGUAGCUGUCAAAAUUUAAUAUCCUGGUGUUAAGGAAGCUAUCGAUAGUGAUUUAAAUAAUCUAAAAAGACUUAUGGAAUAUACAAACUUAUUCCCAAAAACAAUGUUUUUAGAUAAAUUAAUUGCCAAUACAAGAAAAGAAUUACAUGAAGAAUGUGAUUAUAAAAUAGAAGCUGCAAAAUAAAUUAAUUAUAGAAAAUUAUUUGGUAAUUAACCUGAAUUUGCAAUUCCUGAAGUUUUUAAUGAUUUAUCAACAACAAGAAUUUUAACUGCUGAAUAUUUAUAUGGAGACACAAUUGAUUUUGCAGCUGAAAAUUAUCCUUAACAUUUAAGAAAUGAAAUUGGUAGAAGAGUAAUGAGUCUUACACUUUAAGAAUUAUUUAAAUUUAGAACUAUGCAAACAGAUCCAAAUCCAUCUAAUUUUUAUUUUGAUAGAAAUAAUAAUAAAUUAAUUUUACUUGAUUUUGGAGCAGGUAUGUAAUUAUAUUAUAAUAAUUCUAGUUCAUGAAUAUACUAAACCAUUUAUGGACAAUUAUAUUGGAGUUAUAUAUGCUGCGAUCAUAUAAGAUAGAAAAGAGUGUUUAUAACGAUCUGUUGAUUUAGGAUUUUUAACAGGGGAAGAAAGUAUAAGAAUGAAAGAAGCCCAUGUAGAUUCUAUUAUUUGUGUUGGAGAACCAUUUAGAUAUUAAGGAGAAUUUGAUUUUGGAGAAUAAUAGAUGACUAAAAAGAUUUAUGAACUUAUGCCAGUAAUGCUUAAAUAUCGUAUGAGACCUCCACCUCCUGAAAUAUAUUCAUUACAUAGGAAAUUAUCUGGAGCAUACUUAAUGAAUAUGAGAUUAAAAACAAAGGUUAAUUGCAGAGAUAUAUUUAUGAAUCUUUAUGAAUAAUAUAUAAAACUAUAAUGA